CGCGCCGCCGCCGUCACCCAGCGCCGCCGCCCGCCUCCAGCCGGGCCGCCGCGCGUCCCGGGGGCCGGCCCCGCGAGCGCAGGAGUAAACACCGCCGGAGUCUUGGAGCCGCUGCAGAAGGGAAUAAAGAGAGAUGCAGGGAUUUGUGAGGUUACGGCGCCCCAGCUGCAAGAUGCACUAGCCGGCUGAACCCGGGGAUCGGCUGACUUGUUGGAACCGGAGUGCUCUGCACGGGAGUGUGGAUGAGUUGAAGUUGCUUUCCCGGGGCUCGUUUUCCACGCUGCCGAGAGGAAUCCGAGAGGCAAGGAAAUCACUUCGCCUUGCCAUUGAUUGGGCAUCGGGAGCUUUUUUUUCUCCCCUCUCUUUCUUUUCCUCCGUCUUGUUGCAUGCAAGAAAAUUACAGUCCGCUGCUCGCCCGCCCUGGGUGAGAAAUAUUCAGCCCCGCUUUCUCCCGUCCAUUGUGCAAGCCAAAGAUGAAAGACCGAAGGGGAGAAAGUUAAAGAAAUCGCCCACAUGCGCUGGAUCAGUCCACGGCUUGGGGAAAGGCAUCCAGAGAAGGUGGGAGCGGAGAGUUUGAAGUCUUUACAGGCGGGAAGAUGGCGGACUGGAGCUGAAAGUGUUGAUUGGGAAACUUGGGUGAUCCUCGUGUUUAUUUACAACCCUCUUGACCCAGGCAGGACACAUGCAGGCCAAAAAACGCUAUUUCAUCCUGCUCUCAGCUGGCUCUUGUCUCGCCCUUUUGUUUUAUUUCGGAGGCUUGCAGUUUAGGGCAUCAAGGAGCCACAGCCGGAGAGAAGAGCACAGCGGUCGGAAUGGCUUGCACCACCCGAGUCCGGAUCAUUUCUGGCCCCGCUUCCCGGACGCUCUGCGCCCCUUCGUUCCUUGGGAUCAAUUGGAAAACGAGGAUUCCAGCGUGCACAUAUCCCCCCGGCAGAAGCGAGACGCCAACUCGAGCAUCUACAAAGGCAAGAAGUGCCGCAUGGAGUCCUGCUUCGAUUUCACCCUUUGCAAGAAAAACGGCUUCAAAGUCUACGUGUACCCGCAGCAGAAAGGGGAGAAAAUCGCCGAAAGUUACCAAAACAUUCUAGCGGCCAUCGAGGGCUCCAGGUUCUACACCUCGGACCCCAGCCAGGCGUGCCUCUUUGUCCUGAGUCUGGAUACUUUAGACAGAGACCAGUUGUCACCCCAGUAUGUGCACAAUUUGAGAUCCAAAGUGCAGAGUCUCCACUUGUGGAACAAUGGUAGGAAUCAUUUAAUUUUUAAUUUAUAUUCCGGCACUUGGCCUGACUACACCGAGGACGUGGGGUUUGACAUUGGCCAGGCGAUGCUGGCCAAAGCCAGCAUCAGUACUGAAAACUUCCGACCCAACUUUGAUGUUUCCAUUCCCCUCUUUUCUAAGGAUCAUCCCAGGACAGGAGGGGAGAGGGGGUUUUUGAAGUUUAACACCAUCCCUCCUCUCAGGAAGUAUAUGCUGGUAUUCAAGGGGAAGAGGUACCUGACAGGGAUAGGGUCAGACACCAGGAAUGCCUUAUAUCACGUCCAUAACGGAGAGGACGUGGUGCUCCUCACCACCUGCAAGCAUGGCAAAGACUGGCAAAAGCACAAGGAUUCUCGCUGUGACCGAGACAACACCGAGUACGAGAAGUAUGAUUAUCGGGAAAUGCUGCACAAUGCCACUUUCUGUCUGGUUCCUCGUGGUCGCAGGCUUGGGUCCUUCAGGUUCCUGGAGGCUCUGCAGGCUGCCUGUGUCCCUGUGAUGCUUAGCAAUGGAUGGGAGUUGCCAUUCUCUGAAGUGAUUAAUUGGAACCAAGCCGCCGUCAUAGGCGAUGAGAGAUUGUUAUUACAGAUUCCUUCUACAAUCAGGUCUAUUCAUCAGGAUAAAAUCCUAGCACUUAGACAGCAGACACAAUUCUUGUGGGAGGCUUAUUUUUCUUCAGUUGAGAAGAUUGUAUUAACUACACUAGAGAUUAUUCAGGACAGAAUAUUCAAGCACAUAUCACGUAACAGUUUAAUAUGGAACAAACAUCCUGGAGGAUUGUUCGUACUACCACAGUAUUCAUCUUAUCUGGGAGACUUUCCUUACUACUAUGCUAAUUUAGGUUUAAAGCCCCCCUCCAAAUUCACUGCAGUCAUCCAUGCAGUGACCCCCCUGGUCUCUCAGUCCCAGCCAGUGUUGAAGCUUGUCGUGGCUGCAGCCAAAUCCCAGUACUGUGCCCAGAUCAUAGUUCUAUGGAAUUGUGACAAGCCCCUACCAGCCAAACACCGCUGGCCUGCCACGGCUGUGCCUGUCAUCGUCAUUGAAGGAGAAAGCAAGGUUAUGAGCAGCCGUUUCCUGCCCUAUGACAACAUCGUCACAGACGCCGUGCUAAGCCUCGAUGAGGACACUGUGCUUUCAACCACGGAGGUGGAUUUUGCCUUCACCGUGUGGCAGAGCUUCCCUGAGAGGAUUGUGGGGUACCCGGCACGCAGCCAUUUCUGGGAUAACUCUAAGGAGCGGUGGGGGUACACGUCCAAGUGGACAAACGACUACUCCAUGGUGUUGACAGGAGCUGCUAUUUACCACAAAUAUUAUCACUACCUGUACACCCAUUACCUGCCAGCCAGCCUGAAGAACAUGGUGGACCAACUGGCCAACUGUGAGGACAUUCUCAUGAAUUUCCUGGUGUCUGCUGUGACAAAAUUGCCUCCAAUCAAAGUCACCCAGAAGAAGCAGUAUAAGGAGACAAUGAUGGGGCAGACUUCUCGGGCUUCCCGCUGGGCUGACCCUGACCACUUUGCCCAGCGACAGAGCUGCAUGAAUACGUUUGCCAGCUGGUUUGGCUACAUGCCGCUGAUCCACUCGCAGAUGAGGCUCGACCCUGUCCUCUUUAAAGACCAGGUCUCUAUUCUGAGGAAGAAAUACCGAGACAUUGAGCGACUUUGAGGAAUCCAGCCAAGUGGGGGAGGGAAGCGAGAAGGGACGGGGUCAAGCUGCUCUCUCUUCCCAGUGCAGAUCUGCUCAGCAGCGGAGCCAGAUUGUGCCAAGUAUCCAAAUAAUCUUAGAUGAACAGAAUGACAAAAAAAGGAAAAAAGGAAAAAAAAAGGCCAAUGAAAACUCGACUCCUGGCUCCUGGGACUGCACAGGACUGCCCCAAACUCACCUCACUGGCUUCUCUGUCCCAAGACUAGGUUGUGUACAGUUUAAUUAUGGAACAUUAAAUAAUUAUUUUUGAAAUGAUUGCUAUGCAGGUUUAAACUUUUUUAAUGAUCAAAACUAUUAAAAACCAGAGUUCUUUCUUUAAUCAAAA